AUGGCCACGCACAUGCCCCCUCCGCAAGCGGCGGGCGGGGCGGGGUCCAGCACACCCCCACGGCGUACCUUUGGUUCGGCGGCUAACGGCAACGCCAGCGGCGGCGCUGGCGUCAGCGGCGAGCGGCCCCUGUCGACCGUCUCGGCGAGCUCAAUGACACCGAGCAACAGCAUGUCACAUCUCGCACCACCAGUAUCGAGUCCGGGGCACGAGCCCAACCGCGGGCGCUCGCCGUCGUCCGCAAGCACGGGCAGCGCGGCGCAGCUCGCGGCCGAACGCGCAACGCAGUGGCUCUCGAGCCUGGCACCACGCGGCGAGGGGCGCGGGCGCGAGUUCAUCACCAACACCCUUAGCGGCGUAGCGACCGUUGCGUCGACCGUCGGACAGGAGGUGAACGGCUUCAUCGCUGCCAAUGCGGCUGCGCGCAAUGGCGCAUCGUCGGGCCACUCGCGCCCCAACUCGUUCUCGGCGUCCAGCCCGCCCAACGGCGCCGUGCCAGUCCCCUAUGCGCGGCGCGACUCGGCGCGCUCGCCGUCGCCAUCAGCGGCGGUGAAUGCCAACGGCACGGCCCGCAGGAUCCCCCAGCCGGCCAACAUUAGCCGGCUGGGCGGCGCGGCGACGCAGGGCAGCGCACUGGUGACGAGCCCGAUUGCGUCGCCAACAUCAGCGUCGUUCCAUCGCGGCCCUCAGCAGCAGCAACAGCAGCAGCAGCAGCAACAGCAACAGCCAGUCGUCGCACCAGGGCACCGCACGACCCCUUCCCAAUCCAGUGCGUACAGUGCACGACGCGGCAGCUAUCAUGCGCACACAAGAACGGGGAGUGCGGGUCUCGCGACUUCGCCAGCACUAUCAGCAACUAGUGAAGUCAACCCCGCCACGGCGAAAGUGCGGCAAGCGGGCAUGCCUUACAAGAUUGGGUUCCAGCCCAGCGGCGUGCGCAACGACCGUUCAGGCGAGUUUAUGCGGAAUCGCAAGGCGCUGGCGUCGGAACGCGACAAGGAGGAGGGGAGGCUGGGUCGAAGAUGGGCCAAGCUCGUCGAUCUCCACUUUAACCCUGCGAUGCAGGUCCGGCCUCCGGGUAUGACGCGGUCUCCGUCCUCGUCGUCCACUACGACGACAGGAGGACGCAAGAGCUUACUGUCCAUGGACGGCGCGCUCGACUCGCUCAAGCCGAGAGAGGUGUGGAAGGGGCUCAAGAUGGCCGCUGGGCCUAACCCCGAGGAGGCAAGGAAGAGAGCGGCUGAGCAGUCGAUCGUCAAGUGGGAGGAGGACGCAGAAGUCAAGAAGUGUCGCAUAUGCCAAGCAUCAUUCACAUUGUCGACACGGAAACACCACUGCCGCCUUUGCGGCCGCAUCGUCUGCUCACUACCACCUACGCCGCCAGCACUCCUCGCGGUCCAGGUCCAGCUGUUUGCUCCGGCGGAUCCGGACGCGGCAGCAAACCCAGCCACGGCGUCAUCGCAGGCCGCGUUGCCACCAGGGACGCGGCGCGAGAAGUGUUCCUUGCUCCUAGUGGCCGAUUACAAGACGGGGCGUGGCGAGGAGGUCGACGAGGGCUUUGUUGGAUGGAUGACGCUCGACGAGACAGAGGGCAAGAGCGGCGCCAACGGCGAGACAUCGCCCAUUCGCCGCGCCAAGCGCCUCCCACCCGAACAGCGCCAGCACGGGCGACAGUCGUCUAUCGCAAGCGAGGGCACCAUCGACUCGCGGUCGAGCACUCCCCUCCCGCAGCAACCCCAAGAGGUACAGGUCAAGGGCGUGCGCGUGUGCCGCGACUGCUGGGGGACCGUGUCGCGCAAGCAGCGCAUGGCCGACCUGCAGCGCGUGAGCCUCUUCCAGCGGCUGUACUAUGCGCUGCGGGCGACGCAGUCCGAGAUCGAGUCGCUCCUGCCCGACUUUGAAGAGGGGCUCGGGGCGCUCAAGGCCGCCAUGGAGCCCGAGGAGCCGUCGCUCGAGCUGCUCGACCUGCACAAGCAGCUCCUGGCCCUGCUGGGGCAGUACGACGCGAUCGCCAAGCGCAUCUCCAACCUGCCGUGCGAGGACGGCGGCAGCCAGCAGACGGUGCAGGGCGCGAUUGCGCGCACCGCCGCCGUGUUCCUCGCCAAAGCAAUGGUCACGGUGCAGGAGCUGCCCAAGCUCCAGCGCAUGGUCGCAGCCGCCAAGGCCAAGACCAUGGUGAUCGUCGAGUCGCAGCUGCCCGACGUGCUCCGCGAGGAGGGCGUGCGCGACGACGAGGUCGAGAAUGUGGCCGCGGCACUCCAACCGCUGCUCGAGCAACAGGCCCAGCUCGAGUCGUUCAUCGCCGAGGCCAAUGCCCAGCGCAAGUAUGACGACAGCCGCGCGCUCUCCACGGCGCUGGCAGAUAUCGAGAGCGAGAUUGCACGACUCACGACCAACGCGCUCAAGUAA